UUGCUCUAACUUAAUUUGCAUGAUAAUAGAUAAAGGUUAAAUUCAUCAUGUCAAAUAUGAAAUGGGCCCUCGUCUACUGGCAAGCCGACAAGAAGGUCUCGGUAGAGAACCUGCAGAAGAGCGUAUUGCCGCAAUGGCAGAAGGUGGGCGCCGUUUCCAAGAUACAAUUUCACGGCGGGAGGCGGUAUCAAGGAAAAAUUCUUAAAAUUUCCGAAAACAAGAAAGACCUAGAGCAGCAGCAAGACUCUGUCCUUCUUGAAUCCGUUGAGGAGCCAACCCCUGCUCCACUCCCGGCCCCUGCUUUGGCUCCAGCUUCUGCCACGGCUGCUGGCCAGUCUUCAGCUCCAGCAAAGCUGAAGAAGAAGGCAGACAAAAUAAAAGAAGCAGAGGCGAGGGCGAAAGUGCAGCAAAAUGCCUGCAGGCAAAUGCUGACUGUAUCUGCAUCUUCUGCCGAAAGGGAAGAGAUCGCCUCCCUAAAGAGAAAGGUGGCCGACCUGGAGGAGGAGGUAGCGGCCAAGGAGGCCAUUAUCCUGAGUCUCCAGGAGACGGCUCAUGAGAGGCGGGGUUCUCUCUUUAGUGUCGAAAUCACUCCAAAGAAAGCCAAGCUCCUGGAAGAGGUUGGCCACUUCGUUGCCAACCACGGUGUGACAAGUCUACCAACACAGACCACAGAGCCUCCCAAGAGAGUACUCUUUAAAAAGAGUGUUGCCCCAUCAUGUGAUGCUGUGACUCCUCAUGAGACCCCUCAGCAGGCCCCUCUACAUGCCCUUCGGGAGACCCCUCAGCAGGCCCCUCGGCAGACCCCUCUGCAGGCCCUUCAGAAGACCCCUCAGCAGGCCCCUCUACAGGCCCUUCGGGAGACCCCUCAGCAGGCCCCUCGGCAGACCCCUCCACAGGUCCUUCAGGAGACCCCUCAGCAGGCCCCUCUACAGGCCCUUCGGGAGACCCCUCAGCAGGCCCCUCUGCAGACCCCUCUACAGGCCCUUCGGGAGACCCCUCAGCAGGCCCCUCGGCAGACCCCUCCACAGGCCCUUCAGGAGACCCCUCAGCAGGCCCCUCUACAGGCCCUUCGGGAGACCCCUCAGCAGGCCCCUCUGCAGACCCCUCUACAGGCCCUUCGGGGGACCCCUCAGCAGGCCCCUCGGCAGACCCCUCCAGGUAUUCAAGGGGUGGUGCCAAUGGAUGCUAUUGAUACACCAAAGGCGCCCCCGAAGCAGCUCUUUUUUUCAAGCUCAGCUAGUCCAUCUGUAGAGCAAGCAGCAGCCUUCCAGAUGUCACCCCCGAGCAUGGAACUGGUGCCAUUAUUUGCAGGAGGAGUUCCACUCCUGACUGAAAUGGCCAAGAGGACCGCCUUCAAUAAGGGAGCAACAAAGGAGGCCCUUCUGUGCGCCCUUCUAGAGGCAGUCUUUGGGGAAAGUCUGGCCCACGGGAAUGCCUGUGGAGCUAGGCCAGCCGUGAAUAAAGGGGAAGGGGAGGAGAGCAAGCCCCUUGACAAGGGCAAGCUGGACCAAAUUAAAGAGUGUGUCUUACGCCGUUUCAGAACUCCAGGGGGCCAUAGCUGCUUCAGCGCUCAGGAGUUUAACAAGAAAAUUAAUCAAAAAUGUGCAACGGUGCGAAGGGCAUUAAAAAAUAAGAAGAAGCUCUAAACAGAAACAGACUUGUCCUUGGAAAUUUGAUAUAUAGUUUAGUUUUAAUAUGUACAUCUUUUAUCGGAGAGAUUUCUAAGAGCUGACUUUCGCUCCAACUUGCCAAAUUUUAUAGGAAGCAAAUUUCAUCUUGACCUCUUUUUAAGUGAGGCAUGGUUCAUAAGUUAAAUUGUAUUUACCACGGGUGCUAAAAUGCUUCUGCUUCUACCUUCUGGAUAUUUUCUUCUUGCCAGCAGACAAGUGGGUGCAACUUAUAUACUGCCAUGUGUACUGCCACUAUCUGAUUUCUUGUUACUACCUCGUAAGAAAGUUAUAGUUUUACUGUCAUAUUUAAGAGUGUGAUGUAGUUUCAGUGUACAUUACCAUUGUGGACCAAAGCAUGUUCUAAUUAUUUUUGUGGUGGCCAGAGGCAUUAUGAUUUCAAGUUGUCUUUCAGGACUUGUCCAUGGAAAUAUAUGUACAUCUUUUAUCAGAGAGAUUUCUAAGAGCUGACUUAUGCUCUAACUUGCCAAAGUUUUCAGUAAGCAAAUUUCAUCUUGACCUCUUUUAACUGAGGCAUGCAAGUUAAAUUGUAUUUACCACGGGUGCUAAAAUGCUUCUGCUUCUACCUUCUGGAUAUUUUCUUCUUGUCAGCAGACAAGUGAGUGCAACUUAUAUACUGCCAUGUGUACUGCCACUAUCUGAUUUCUUGUUACUACCUCGUAAGAAAGUUAUAGUUUUACUGUCAUAUUUAAGAGUGUGAUGUAGUUUCAGUGUACAUUACCAUUGUGGACCAAAGCAUGUUCUAAUUAUUUUUGUAGUGGCCAGAGGCAUUAUGAUUUCAAGUUGUCUUUCAGGACUUGUCCAUGGAAAUAUAUGUACAUCUUUUAUCAGAGAGAUUUCUAAGAGCUGACUUAUGCUCUAACUUGCCAAAGUUUUCAGUAAGCAAAUUUCAUCUUGACCUCUUUUAAUUGAGGCAUGCAAGUUAAAUUGUAUUAACCAUGGGUGCUAAAAGCUUGUGCUUCUACCUUAUGGAUAUUUUCUUGCCAGCAGACAAGUGGGUGCAACUUAUAUACUGCCAUGUGUACUGCCACUAUCUGAUUUCUUGUUACUACCUCGUAAGAAAGUUAUAGUUUUACUGUCAUAUUUAAGAGUGUGAUGUAGUUUCAGUGUACAUUACCAUUGUGGACCAAAGCAUGUUCUAAUUAUUUUUGUAGUGGCCAGAGGCAUUAUGAUUUCAAGUUGUCUUUCAGGACUUGUCCAUGGAAAUAUAUGUACAUCUUUUAUCAGAGAGAUUUCUAAGAGCUGACUUAUGCUCUAACUUGCCAAAGUUUUCAGUAAGCAAAUUUCAUCUUGACCUCUUUUAAUUGAGGCAUGCAAGUUAAAUUGUAUUAACCAUGGGUGCUAAAAGCUUGUGCUUCUACCUUAUGGAUAUUUUCUUGCCAGCAGACAAGUGGGUGCAACUUAUAUACUGCCACAUAUACUGGCACUAUGUG